AUCACAUGACAGCUGGGAAGCCUCCCUACCCGUCCCAUUGAGUUUGCCUUGGUUAUUAUUGUUUGGCGAAGAUGGCGGCGGAGAUGGAGCCUCCACCGUUGGGAGAUGCGGAACAGACAGAUUUCAGGGAAGUGGAGGACGGAGAGGAUCUCUUUGUGAGCACUGUAACUACAUUAGAGUCCAGUCCGUCCUCACCCCCAGAACCUGCCAGUCUGCCCACAGAGGAUGUCAAUGUCAGCUCCAAUGGACCCAAGCCAGCUGAGAUCCUACUGGAUGAUGACCCAGAGGACCUGUUUGCUGAAGCCACUGAUGAGGUCUCAUUGGACAGCCCUGAGAGGGAGCCCAUUCUCUCGGAUGGCCCCUCCCCUGCCAUCACCCCAGUGACGCCCACGGUCAUGAUCACACCACGCAUUGAGCCUGCCAUGUUCGAGCGCUCCCCAGAAGAGGAGGAGGAGGAGGAGAAUGGUGAUACAUUUGACAUGCAUAUAUCAGUGUCUGACCCAGAGAAAGUUGGUGAUGGAAUGAAUGCCUACAUGGCCUACAAAGUCACCACGAAGACCUCUCUGAGAAUGUUCAACCGCAACGAGUUCUCCGUGAAGAGAAGGUUCAGUGACUUCCUGGGACUUCACAGCAAACUGGCCUCCAAGUACCUUCACAUUGGUUACAUAGUCCCCCCUGCCCCAGAGAAAAGCAUUGUGGGUAUGACUAAGGUCAAGGUGGGGAAGGAUGACUCCUCAUCCACUGAGUUUGUGGAGAAGCGAAGAUCAGCUCUGGAAAGGUACCUAAUGCGAACGGUGAAACACCCCAUCUUACUGAAGGACCCUGAUGUGCAGCAGUUCUUGGAGAACACAGAGCUGCCUCGUGCGGUUAGUACACAGGCCCUGAGCGGAGCCGGAAUAUUGAGGAUGGUAAACAAGGCUGCCGACGCUGUCAACAAAAUGACAAUCAAGAUGAAUGAAUCGGAUGCGUGGUUUGAGGAGAAGCAGCAGCAGUUUGAGAAUCUGGAUGCCCAGCUGCGAAAGCUCCAUGCCAGUGUGGAGUCGCUUGUGGUGCACAGGAAAGAGUUGUCCUUCAACACAGCUUCCUUUGCCAAGAGUGCCGCCAUGCUGGGGAACUCCGAGGACCACACGGCGCUGUCUCGCGCUCUGUCCCAGCUGGCCGAGGUGGAGGAGAAGAUCGACCAGCUGCAUCAGGACCAGGCCUACGCCGACUUCUACCUGUUCUCCGAGCUGGUGGGGGACUACGUUCGUCUUCUCACUGCUGUCAAGGGUGUGUUUGACCAGCGCAUGAAAACCUGGUCCAAGUGGCAAGAUGCUCAGGUCAUGCUGCAGAGAAAGCGUGAAGCUGAGGCAAAACUCCAGUAUGCCAAUAAACCCGAUAAGCUGCAGCAGGCCAAGGACGAGAUCAAGGAGGAAAUUGUGGAGUGGGAAGGUAAGGUCGAGCAAGGAGAGCGAGAUUUUGAGCAGAUAUCAAAAAUCAUUCGCAAGGAGGUGGGAAGGUUUGAGAAAGACAGAGUGAAGGACUUCAAAGUGGUAAUCAUCAAAUACCUAGAGUCUCUCGUCCAUACACAGCAACAGCUGAUAAAAUACUGGGAGGCAUUCUUACCCGAAGCCAAAGCUAUUGCAUAACCAGGCAGAUCUUUGUUUACUGAAUCUUGUAAUCUCACUCGAAAGAUGAUGCACAGACAGAUGAAAUCUCAAUGACCACUUGAAAAUUAAACACUAGAAAUCUUUUUGAUGGCUCACUCCCCACUUUUCUUUGAUUUUGUUUCUCUUCUUGUAACUAAUGUCUUUAAAGGAUGCCCCGUUUUUCUUGAUUUGGCCCAGACAGCCAAAAAAGGGCAGGGCAGUACAAAGGGGUGUUUGCACUUCUUGUUUGGUGACAUCACUGCUGUUCUGUCAUGGCAGGGGCUUAGUGCCACAUCACAUGGUGUUGUGUGAUGUGUUCUAUCCUCAUGUGGGCUCACUUGAGCCCAUUCUGCGUUUGUUUUAAAGCAAGCAUGCUCCCUGUCUCAGUCAAUGUCGAGCCCUUGAAGAAUGUGCUCUGGGCACUUUUCCAUGCUUCUGAACCAUUGUCAGGACAGCAGGGUUACAGGCAGACUGAACACAUAGUGCCUACAUAACAGUUUGUAAAGUGCAAAACGUAUGUGGACAUUCUUCCUUCAUGCUAAAACCUGUGUGUUGAACAUGAAAUUUCCAUUUGCAGCUUUUUCCCCUUGUUGUUUUACCCUGAGGUGCUUGGCCCCAUGGUGUUGCUGCUCUGUUUUUUUACUUUGCCAUUUAACCUGCAAUUUUUGAAUAUUGAAUACCUGUGUUUGAGUCCUUGUUUGAAAGCCUUGUCCUAAAAGAUUUUUAAAAAUUCAUUUAUUUUUUACUUCACAUUCCUGUGCAGAGAUGCUUGUGUCCUAAUAAAGGAAUGUACAUCUUU